UUUGGCUGAAGGGAUCCGACGCCUCCGAGCGGCCCCCGGCGCCGGUUCCCCGCCGGGCGGCACCCCCGCGCCGGGCGCGCUUCCCCGCUCCUCCCCACCUUGUAUGGUGGAGCGGCCGCGGGGCGCAGCCGAGCGCUGCCCCGGGCUCCCCCCGGCCCUCGCCCCCGCCGCUCCCCGCCCGGCCCCGCGUUGGCAGCCGAUGUAGGGCACGGCGCGGCGCGCCCGAGCCCCAGCGCCGCCACGGGAGCGGCCCCCGCGGCGCCGUCUAUGCCCGCGCCGCCCCGCCGCCCCCCCCAUGGUGCGGCCCCGCCGCGGGCCGUCGGAGAUCCGCUGGGCAGCAGCGCCGCGGGGAGUCCGGGCUGCUCCGGGGCUGCGAUGAGAUAGAGCCGGCGGCGGAGCGAGGAGCCCCGCGGAGGAGGGCGGGGGGCGGCGGAGAGCGACGCGACCCCCGGCCGCCCGCGGGUCGUAUGUUCAGGUCCAAACGCUCAGGGCUGGUGCGGCGACUUUGGAGGAGCCGCGUCAUUCCGGACAGGGACGGCGGAGAUGGGAGCGCCAGGAGCGGCCACGACCUCGGAGCCACCGGCAGCUGCAAGAUCGCGGAGAAAAGCCCCUCGGUGGAGCUCCGCGCGGUAGCGCGCAGCCUGCUGCUGCGGGAGCCGGAGGAGCGGCGCGGGGCGGCGGGCGAGGCGGCGGCGGCGCCGCGCGGGGACCCCAUGGCGGAGCGGCGCGGGGCCCGGCUCCGCGCCCCCGGCUCCGCGCCGGAGAGCGACGGCCGGACCGUGACCUGCUGCCUCUUCUCGGAGCGGGAGCCGGGCGGCCCCCAACCUCCCCCCGCCGCCGCCCCCGGCCCCGACGGCGCGGCCGACGGCGGCUCCCCGGAGCGGCGGGGCCGGGAGGCGCGGGCGCGGCUGCUGCUGCUGGAGCAGGAGCUGAAGGCCGUCACCUACUCGCUGCUGAAGCGGCUGAAGGAGCGCUCGCUGGACAGCCUGCUGGAGGCGGUGGAGUCCCGCGGGGGGAUGCCCGGCGGCUGCGUCCUGGUGGCCCGCACCGAGGUGCGUCUGGGGGGCCUGGCGGCGCCCCCGCACCUCCUCCUGGGCAAGCUGUUCCGCUGGCCCGACCUGCAGCACCCCGCCGAGCUGAAGCCCCUCUGCGAGUGCCAGAGCUUCGGCGUGGCCGACGGACCCACGGUCUGCUGCAACCCCUACCACUUCAGCCGCCUCUGUGGGCCAGAGUCUCCACCACCUCCCUACUCUCGGCUGUCUCCUAAUGAUGAGCAAAAGCCACUGGAUCUAUCAGAUUCCACGUUGUCUUACACUGAAACAGAGGCUACAAACUCUCCCAACGUCACGCCCGGAGAUUUCUCAGACGCCAGCACGUCGCCCGAUGCCGUGAAGAGGAGCCAUUGGUGCAACGUGGCCUACUGGGAGCACCGGACGCGCGUGGGCCGCCUCUACACAGUGUACGAACAGUCUGUCAGUAUCUUCUACGACCUACCUCAAGGAAACGGCUUCUGCCUCGGACAGCUAAACCUGGACAACAGGAGCGAGACUGUGAGAAGGACUCGAAGUAAAAUCGGCUACGGGAUUUUACUGAGCAAGGAACCGGACGGGGUGUGGGCCUACAACCGCAGCGAGCAUCCCAUCUUCGUCAACUCCCCGACACUGGACAUCCCCAACUGCAGGACUCUGAUCGUGCGCAAGGUGAUGCCGGGCUACUCCAUCAAGGUGUUUGACUACGAGAAGUCCUGCCUGCUGCAGCACACGGCCGAGCUGGAUUAUGCAGACGGGCCCUACGACCCCAACAGCGUCCGGAUCAGCUUCGCCAAGGGCUGGGGGCCCUGUUAUUCCAGACAGUUCAUCACGUCGUGUCCGUGUUGGCUGGAGAUCUUACUCAGCAACAACCGGUAACCCUCCGAGGAAAGGAAAACAUCGACGGCGACAAAACACACACACACAAAAAGAAAAAAAAAAAAGACAAAAAAAAAAAGACACAGACUAUCCCAAAUAUCAUCUACCUAGAUUUAAUAUAAAGUUUUAUAUAUUAUAUGAAAAUAUAUAUUAUACUUGUAAUUAUGGAGUCAUUUUUACAAUGUAAUUAUUUAUGUAUGGUGCAAUGUGUAUAUGGACAAAAAACAGAAAAUGCACUUUGGCUUAUAUAAUUCUUUCAAUACAGAUUUUUAAAAAAAAAGAAAAAAAACAACAAAAAUUAUACAGCAAAAAUAGGAGAAAGCCCUAAUUUUGAUGUAUGGUUUUUUGAAAUAUUAUUAAUACCCAGACAAAAAGCUAAUACCAGUCACUCAUUGAUAAUAAAGUAUUCGCAUUAUG